CCAAAUUUGGCUUAGACUUGAAUUCUUUUAUUCAAGAUCCAACUUAAAAUUUAAAUAAAUUUAAAAAUUAUAUCCAAUUCAAUUCAAUGGAUUUUAAUUUUUUUAUUAAAACCUUCUUCAAAUUUGAGUGAACUUUUGGAUUUUGACAGAGAACUCAGUUCUUGAACAGGUGCAGUUAUGACCCAGUUUUUGGGCCUGGUUUUGAGUCCUUCUCGGCGUAUUAGUGAAAGCAACUCUAAGAAAGGUCCAGACCAAACCAGAAAGGCCCAUUCGGCCUGUUUCAACUCUAACAUCUAACUUUCUUCAAAAUCCCGGGUUUUUGAGUUCCCUCCGAUGACAGUUUUUUUCAAAGAAAUGGGGCAGUUUCAGCUUCAACAGGUCUUGACACCGAAGCCAUAUCCUUGCAAAUUAAUGCCUUUAGCUUCUUUUUCACAUCCCGCUUUUAAUCGUCUCCCAAAAUUUUCCACACUUCGUCUUUUUUCUGGUUCUCCGAGACUCACUGCUCCCCUCGAGUUUCCCCUUCAUCAGUCUCUACCCACCGUUCGACCUCGCUUGGUAUGCAAGAUGAACGGCUCAGAUAUUAUUUCGGAGCUAGAACUUGGAAAGCCAGGUGAUAGGCGAAAACCAGAGAAGCGCGUUAAUGGAGUAUUUUGGAUUAUACUUCUUAAUCUUGGAAUAUAUGCAGCUGAUCACUUGUUUAAGGUUCAGGGCAUUCAGUCUCUAUACUUGUAUCAUAGUUGGCCUGCUUGGUACCAAUUUGUGACAUCAACGUUUUGUCAUGCUAACUGGAAGCAUCUUUCUAGCAAUCUCUUCUUCUUGUACAUUUUUGGGAAACUCAUUGAAGAAGAGGAAGGAAAUUUUGCGUUGUGGCUUUCUUACGUUUUUACAGGUGCCGGAGCAAACAUUGUUUCAUGGCUGGUUUUACCAAGAAAUGCAGUUUCCGUUGGUGCUUCUGGUGCCGUUUUCGGGUUAUUUGCAAUCAGCGUCCUUGUAAAGAUGUCUUGGGACUGGAGGAAGAUCCUUGAAGUGCUUAUAUUGGGUCAAUUUGUUAUAGAGAAGGUGAUGGAAGCGGCCCAAGCUUCAACUGGCCUGUCUGGAUCUUCCUAUUCCUUGCAAAGUGUCAAUCACAUUGCACAUCUCUCUGGUGCUCUUAUUGGUGUUCUUCUAGUAUGGCUUCUUAGCAAAAUUCCUUCUCAAUCUACUGAUAAAGAAGUCUCAAAGUUGCAUAGAAAUAGAAGCUGAGUUAAAUCAUAAUGGAGAUCUAAUGCAAUGAUGAGCUAGAAAGAUGAAUUUAAUCUUUGAGGAAUGGAAAUGUGGCACAAUUGCUUUUUGCAUGUAACUAAUUCAAUUAUAAAACAGAUUAUUGUUGCAAAAAUGAAUUAUUCUAUUAAUUUUGAAUAUCUCCAUAUGUGUAGCUAUCUUCCGAGAAAAAAACAAAGCAAUUAGCAUUUCCAAUGUUUGUAAUUAGCAAUUAGCAUUUGUGAAUUGUAAUUUUCCACUGUUUUUCUAUGUAGCAUG